AUGGCCAAGCAAGGAUUGCGGACAGAGAUGCGGCGGGUUCUGCGGGCGAUCGAGCCGGCAGCCCGUGCGCGGCAGUCGGCGGCUGUCUGCAAGCAGGUGCUCGCCCACCCAGCCCUGGAGGCCGCGCGCAACGUGGCCGUGUACCUGAGCAUGGACGAUGAGAUUUCCACCACUGAGCUCAUUCAGACGCUGCUACAGCGUGCCAAGCAGGUGUACGUGCCGCGCUACACGCGCGAAACCAUGGACAUGUUUCCUAUUGCCUCGUGGGCAGAUGUAGAGGCCAUGCCUCUGACCAAGUGGAACAUCCGCCAACCCGCCGAAGCUCCUGCUGAAACUGCAGCCCUCGCGCACGAGGGGCUCGAUGUCAUCCUGGUUCCGGGCAUGGCUUUUGACAAGGCGGGACGACGCUUGGGUCGGGGCAAAGGAUACUACGACCGAUACUUUGCACGCUGCGCCCAGUUUGCCACUGCACACAACCAGUCCCGACCCGUCUAUUUGGCAUUGGCCUUUGAUGAGCAAAUCGUCGAUCAGGUGCCCACAGAUGAGCAUGAUGUGACUCUUGAUGCCGUGGUCACCCCAGAGCGGAUCUACUAA